AUGGCCCCCAGAAGGAAUGCCCCCGUUGAUCCACAACUACUUCGACGCCUUCAUAAUCGUGUUGAACGUCGUCAACCAAAGCCAAAGACCAAACGCCCACCUGGAUACUACCAAAGCCUUAAAACCAAGCAUGAUGACCCAACAAUUGUUAUUAAAAAUCAGUAUGCUUCUGAGACUGAAUGCAAUCUUGACGUUAUUAGAGGCAAGUUUAAAAGGUUCUGUCAUGAUGAGCAUUUGGGGGACUGGCGUUCUGUGAUCAAGAACUGCUCUAGAGGGACCAUGAUAUCAUUCACCCAGCAUAUGUACGAUAAAGGCCGAGUGAGCAAGAGGGGUGCGAUGACACAAUACAGAGCACAAUUUGGAAUGCUAUACAACAAAGAGAAUGGCCGUCUGAUCGAUACUAAUGAUAGAAAGGAGGUCCUAAAAUACGUUGACACGCUUCCGUUGGAUAGGACUGUCAAGUCGAAGCCUGUCUUAGGGGUGGACGACCUCCUUCUUUUGCUCAACUGCCACUGGGCCCGUGACAAAUCUGUAUACCGUACGGAGCGACAACGGGUUCAGUAUGCGUUGAUACUACUCCUUCUCUUUGGCACAGGGUGUCAACCCGCGGAGCUAGUUGAUGCAAAAAGGAAACGAAGAGAUAAUCCCAGCUCCGACGACGAUGAUCUCGAAGGUGACGUUGAUAUGGGCGGGAUAGAAGGAGGCACUAGACUCUAUGAUGCGCUCUGCUAUGAGGAUGUCCGCCUACUGGUCGUACACGAUCCCGACAAUAGCGUGCGGGAUGUGCUGGCAAUGGAGGUCAAACUGUCUCAUCACAAAGGACACAAUAAGCGCCCAAAACCAACGAUAUUUUUCUUUACCAAGGUCGACGACCCGAUUUUCUGUGCCAUCACGCACUUCGUAUCCCUUGCACUCGCAGAUGACGCAUUCGAGGCGCCGAGCCUAACUACUCCUAAACGUGUCUUCGAGCACAAGAUACGUGGCCCUGUCAAUUGCACAGAGCUUCACUGGAAGGAGGAAAUGCUCAAGACACCAAUAUUCCGCCGAGAUGACUCCGAGGCGGCCCUUCCAUACAAUCAGCUUCGUGAUCCCCUCAACCGCCUUGGGAAGAUAGCAGGCAUCAAAGAGAAGCUAACCAGCUACUGCUUUCGACGUGGGACAGCCAAUGUCGUUGAUCAUGCCGCUACCGAUGCUGUUCGGGACCAGGUGAUGCGACACAAUGCAAACUCUGCACUGUAUAAUGGACACUACGCUAAUGAGAAAGUGCGGUUUGAUGUUCAGUCUGCUGGCCUCGGGCGUCCCUCUGUAGAUGGCGUCCUUCGCAUGCUGACGCAUAUGAGUCUUAUGUGCGAUCCUCGCGCACCGGUUCACGUCCCCGACGAGUACCUAGCUGCGCUUCCCCCCGAUCCUGUUAUCACUGCACUCGAGCAGGAGCGAGAGCAAUUGAAAGCUGGGGCGUACAGAAUUCAGGGGACGAGCAUCGAGGCAGAAGUCCGGCGACUUACUGCUGCAAUCGGUAGUGCUAAGACUAAACGUCGAAACAUUAUCUCUCAGGAAUUCCGGGAUGAUUAUUUCCGCCGCCGCCCAACAGAAGACAUUGAGAGGCAUAACAAUGGACAGCACGAGGAAGAGUACGUCGAGCCAGUUAUUGAGCAUCAGAUCCCACAGAGGACGCAGUUAGUCGAUCUUAUCUGUCCUCGCGUCACAGAUAUCACACCGCAGAAUGCUGUCAAGCGUCGCAUUUAG